CGCUUCUUCCAGCCAAUCAAUCUUGGGCAUGACCUUCUAGUGCUUGGAUAACCGACAACACGACUGGUUGCUCGCCGUCUCCAUCCGGUCCACUAAGCCCCCCUAUGGGCCUGCCUUACUCAUGGUCACAGUACCCAGCUGCUUGGUUUAUACAAAGCCAUGCAGAACCCAAAACUAGCUGCCGGAUUCUCGCCCUCUUGGAGAGUGCAAGAUAACCCUCUCAUUCCCCAGAAGAGCGCGGCCUCCAACGGUCAUGAUCUAGGGAUCCGCAGGCGCAACCCACUGGCGUGUGAGGCAUGUUACAAAAAAAAGAUCAGAUGCGAGGUUGAAGGGUCCAAUGCAACAUGUAUACAAUGUCUGCGUCGCAAUACAGCCUGCAAAUUCACCUCGAGAAAAGAGAAAAGAGAAGACCUGAAAAGGACGCACUAUGUAAGAACUCUGGAAAAUCGAGUUCGACAGACAGAGUCCAUCCUCAGAGCCGCCGGUCUUUUUAGCGAUGACCUAAUGAGCCUAGAUGAUGAGCCCAGUGAGGAAGAUGAAGAUAAAAAGGUCGACUCCCGAAGUGACUCCGAGGAAGAGUCGAUCUCUCCCUAUUUUAGUCCCCGUGAGGUCUCUAGUAGGCGUAGUUCUGCGGUCUUGACCUCGCCUGGCUCGAGGGACUCUGAUCACCCCCAGUUCCGUGCGCCAACCGGGGGAGACGCGGGUAAUAGAUCGGAUGCAGCAGACGCCCGUCAGUCCAUUGGCCCGAGCAAUUUAUCCAGUGUCCCUGAAGGCGGGUGCUCGACAUCGCAAGUCUGUGCUCACACCCAUGCUCCCGUGUUCAAGAUGGAUAGCCGCGAGGACUCGAGGUACUACGGUCGGUCCUCCUUCUUAUCCAUAUUAUCGCGGGAGGCACUUGAGUGGAUUCAGAGCAAGACGGGCGAAGCCAAGCCUCUCAGCGUCGUAUUCUCCGAUUCGAGUCGAGACAAUGCCUGGGAUGCCUGGCGACCGGAGGUAUUCCAUGACCUGUUUGCCUCACAGGUGUUUAAGCCGCUGCCCCCGAGAGCAGAGGUCUUUACCCUGCUGCGCGAUUAUUUUCGCACGGUAAACCGCCUAUUUCCGCUUUACCAUGAGCCGACAUUCAUGCAGCUCGUGGAGUGGCAAUACACCCAACAAACGUGCGAUGACGCUGCCCGGUGGGCUAGCAUCAAUAUCAUUCUCUCUUUAGCUUACGAGUACCGAUUCUCCAACUGCCAGAAGUCAGAGAAAGAUAGGGAACGGGCGUGGCUCUACUAUAAGAACGCAAUGUCUGUCUUCGCAGAGCUUUCUCUGCGACGAACUGACCUCCUAAGCGUGCAGGCCCUUCUAGGCAUGGCAUUCUUUCUUCGUGGGAAUUCCGGGACCCAGUCGGCAUUACCGAUCAUCACGGCAGCCAUGCGGAUUUGCCAGCGGAUGGGCCUACAUCGCGACAUUCCAAGACCUUACCUCACCCCGGUGGAGCAGGAGCAGCGAAGGAGGGUAUUCUGGAUCGCCUAUAUCCUCGACCAAAGUUCAUGUGUUCGAUCAGGAAGCGCCCCGGCCCAGCAUUACGAAGACUUUGACGUCGAUUUCCCUGCCGAGAACUCUGGGGAUGCCUUUGUGAAAGCUCGCGACAGCUCGUUUUUCCGCCAGCUUUGCCAGCUCACCUUGAUCAAGAGUCGAGUGUUCAGCAAACUGUAUUCGGCCAAAGCCUUAGAAAACAAGGCGCCCGAGGAGAUCUACGACAACAUUCGGGAAUUACACGAAGAGCUUGAGGAAUGGAAGCGCGUCAAUUCAUUCGAAUUUCGAAUGAAGCAAAGAGGUGCUGGUGAGGACUUCCUGAUAGGAUUUGCUUCGGCAGGACUGCAAUUCGUCUAUUACAAUACCAUGAUUAUGAUCCAUCGUCUGCCUCUGAUGAUUCAGUUCGCGUCGGCGCACUACAUCGCAAAAGGGGACCCUCCUCCGAUGGAUCACGAUUUAAUCAUGCGAGAGGCAACUGCAUCUUCUGCGGUUUGUGUCCAAGCCGCACGAGACACAGUGAGACUAGUCAACAACCUUCCAUGGGGAGAUAUUGCCUGGAUAUGGUCCCUAUUGUACUACAUCUUUUUGGCAGUGAUGAACAUCUUCGUGAGUAUUCUACGAGAGCCACACGACGAGAAAGCCAAAGACGAUCUACAAUCCCUUAACAUGGCGGCGACGUUCUUCGCAACUCUCAUCCCAGGCGACGGGCCUUGUCACUACGCGCGAUUCAUGACGAAGAUGUGUGCCAAUUUCGAGCGUGUAGCCCGGGCUGUCCUCGAGCGAACCCAGAAGGCUGUCAAGCCGGAAACCAAACGCCACAGCGCGUCUCGCACAAACAGCACCUCCACCAAACCCACGCGUUCCACAUCCCCUAACCCCUCUCACACAACCACCCAUCACAAGUCCCACUCAAACCCACCCUCGUCAUCCCCUGUCUACUCCAUGAACAUCGACAUCCCAAACCUCGAAGGUCUCCCCCCGGUCAACUCCUCCGGCUACGUCAUCCCCGACAACCUAAGUCCCAGUCCAACACCAGAACCAACCCUCUCCCUCCCUGCCACAACCAUCCCCACGCAGCCGCUCUCUCAACCCCCUCCUCCCUCCCAACCCUACAAUACCACAACAACGUCAACAACCCCCUACAACCUUCAAAGCACCUUCUUCCCGAUAACAGUCAACAGCGAUGGCUUCAACUUCUCUCAGCCCGAACUCUGGCAAAUCCCCUUAACAGCAGACUGGGAAAUCACACCACAAGCCCUAGGCAACCUCUUCGGGCCCGACCUGAACUACAUCUUCCCAGAGCAAAUGGGCACAACCGGCGGUAACGGCUUUCAACCUCAGCCUCAACCUCAACACCAGCCCCAACUCCCCACCCAACCAAUGGCAAUGGCACCAGCGCCCAUGGAGUUCGCCUAUGGCGGUCCCAUGCCCCAAACGCAGAAUCCGAAUCAAACUCGGACCCGCAAUCAGCAGCACACCGGGACGGGACAGCAAAUGCAACUUAAUGGAAUGUGGAUGAACGGGACGACGUAUUCGAAUCCCUAUAACUUCCAGCCUUGAAUAAUCACCUUCCUAUCCUAUCCAGCCAGGCUGAUUUGUUGAAAUGAAUGGGGCAAGAAAUUUACAUACCACAUACCACAUACCUUGCAAGCAUGACUGACGACUGACUACAUACAUAUCUAAUUAUCUAUAUCUUCUCGGAUGGAUGGAUGGAUGGAGGGAGGGAGGGAUGGAUAAAUGGACUAUUGUAAUGAAAGAAACC